AUGUCUGAUCGACGGCAGCCACGUGUGCUAGGCGCACAGCGAACAGUCUCUGAUGCGCUUGGUGAACAUAAUGUAAAUGACAAGCAGCUUCAUGUGGUUAUCAAGAGAGUCGUAGCUGGUACAGUGGACGAAAGCAUUACGCUAGAGCAGUUAGAGCGUGUGGUUGCGUACUAUGCAAACCAUAACAGUGAGUACACGAGACCAGGCGAAGAUGAUAUACAAAUUCUUAUAGGGGAGAUUUUGAAUAAUAGUAUUCGAUCUGUUAUGAUUUUUGGUGAUUUUUCGCAAUCAUUUUCUGAUCUAGAGAUGUACUCUAUUUCUGUGGCGAUGCAAUACAAUUUAUCACUGGAGGCCUUGACGAUAAAUGGGGUUAAUGUGAGUGAUGAGACGGUAUCGAUGAUUUGCGAAGCGCUCAUCACCUCCCGUGUGAGUUUCAUUGAUUUCUCGAAUACACCUUUAGAGGAUGAAGCGGGCCGUUCGUUGGCUGCGCUAGCACAUGUGAACCCGUACGUGCGUACGAUAGUGUUAGAUGACACCCUCAUAGCGGAGGCGGUGCUGGAUGAGAUUGACGUGGCCUGCCAGUUCAACCAGAGCAACUGGGAGGCGGAGAGCAUAGAAAGAGAGGGCGGCGUCGUCGGAAUGGGAAUGGCCGGCGUUCUCGGCGAGGCGGCGGCGGCACGGCGGCGGCACCGACUGCAGCACGUCAUCCGCGCCCGCCACGCCGGCACGCGUUUCUGCGCCGCUCACAUUCUCGGCUGCUGCCCCGCCGCCGCGUACUGCCCGGACUCACACGCCCCCGCAACCGCCGGCGCACCGGACGCCAACGCCAAUCUGCACGAGCGACUCAACGAUCUCUUCGCCCCCGGCGGCCGCUGGCGGGAGCGUCUGCCGCCACCACCGCGCGCCGGUGCGUCCUGGAAAGAUCCAGACGAGCAGGACGAACACCCACUCCGUCUUAACUUGGAACGCCGGCGCGGCGCCAAUUCACAGGCAGGCGGUCACGGUAUGAAUAAGCACGGGGAUGGUCGCUGGCGUGCCAUUGCUCCAUCCCAUCUGGUGGGUGCCUCGCUUGUCCUUGCUUUCACAGUAGUAUGUCUGGCAUGGUGGAGGAGGUGA